GGCAGCAGCUGCCGCUGCUUGUCUGAGGGCUGCAGACGAAGAGGGCAGCAGGCGCAGCAGCAGCAGCAACAGCAACCUGAGCAGCAACAGCAACAACAACCUGAGCAGCAGCAGCAACCCGAGCAGCAGCACCAACCCGAGCAGCAGCAGCAACCUGAGCAGCAGCAGCAGCAACCAGAGCAGCAGCAGCAACCCGAGCAGCAGCAGCAACCCAAGCAGCAGCAGCAGCAACCAGAGCAGCAGCAGGAACUGGAUCAGCAGCAUCGACCAGAGCAGCAGCAACAACCCGAGCAGCAGCAACCGGAGCAGCAGCAGCAGCAACCUGAGCAGCAGCAGCAACCGGAGCAGCAGCAGCAGCAACCUGAGCAGCAGCAGCAACCAGGAGCUGAGCCGUCGCAACGGACACAGGAGUCGACAGAAACUUCGCCGAAUCACCAUCACGCGGAGCAGCAACUGCAGCAGCAGUACCCCCAGCAGCCGCAUAUACAGCAGCAGCAGCAGCAGCAGCGUGCGCAGCAGCAGCAGCAGCAGCUGCACCAGGUGGAAUCUGAGCAGGAGGAAGACGAGCAGCACAGCUUCCCACCGGCAAAGCAGCAACAGGACACACUGCUUGUGCAGAAAGAGACGAGCCAGCAGCAGCAGCAGCAGCGGCAACAGGAGCAACGGCAGCAACAGCAGCAACAGGAGCAAGCUCGGCAGAAACAGGUGGAGACUGAGCAGCAGCAGCUGCAGCAGGAGCAGGAACAGAUUGCACAGCUGCGUGCGUCACAGAAGCAGCCGCAUUCCAGCGAACUUAGCCAGGAAGUGCAGCAGCAAGAAGACGAGCAGCAGCAGCAGCAGCAGCUUUCACCCAGCAGCUGUAUGUACAGUCCAGGGAGCUGUCUGUACAGCCCAGACCCCUGCCCCCCUUCUCCUGUAAGCUGCGUGUACAGCCGGAGGAGCUCUUUUGGGGAAGAGCCAGUGCUGCAGCAGCAGGAGCAGGAGCAGCUGCAGCAGCAGCAGCAACUGCCGCUCUCAACAGAUGAUGGUUGCGUCUACGCCUCAGCACAGGGCCCGCUGUCUGGCAGCAGCAGUAGUGGCAGCAGCAGCAGCAGCAGCAACAGCAGGCACGAGGCCGAUAACCCGAAUCACUGCCACAAUCCCGGCAGCAUAGAAACAAUUGACAUCGUGCAGCUCUCCAGCGAUAGCAGCAGCAGCAGCAGCAGCAGCAGCCAAAGCCAGUCAGAUGGCUCUUCUGUGCUGCUGGUUGGGCCCCUUGCUGCUGACGUGGAAGGGCCGUGUCUCGAAGCAGCAGAAGAAACAAAUGCAGCAGCAGGGGUUACUGCAGCACCAGCUGCUGCUGCUGCAGCCUCACAAGCAGCAGCUGCCAGCGCAGCGGCAGCAGCCACAAGCAUAGGAGCUGCAGCAGCCUCCAAAGAUGCUGCAGUCUCUGCACCCUCAGAAGCAGCAGAAUCGCCUGCUGCUGCAGCAAGAGCCAAAGUUGGGGCAGCAGCGAGGGAGCCAAGCGCACAGUUUGCUGCUAGCGAAGCGCCCGCCGCAGCAGCAGCAGCAGGUGCAUGCGCCUGCACAGCAGCAGCAGCAGCAGCAGCAGCAGCAGCAGGAGCUGCAGCAAAGGACCCCCAUUUGCUGCUGCAGGUAGACUGGGCCAAAAUGGAGAGCAGCAGCCUCCAGCGGUGGCUUUCUUUCUUCGGGUUGAAGGUUGGGGGCCUUUCGCAGCAGCAAACAGUUUCUAUUCUGCAGCAGAUUUGCUGCUACCUGGUGACAGGCUCGCCCAACCCCGCUCCAGCUGCUGCUGCUGCCCCUGCUGCUGCUGCUGCUGCUGCUGCAGUUCCACCUGCGGAGGUAGCGGGGCCCGCAGCAGGCCUUUUCGAAGCUAGUGGUAAUGUGACAGCCGCGACGGCUGCCGUUGGGCAGCAAGAGCAGCAACAACAACAGCAGCAGCAGCAGCAAUCAGACGGCCCAGUAAACACCGAGGCUUCUGCUGCUGCUCCUGCUGCUGCUCCUGCUGCUAAGAUUCCCGCUACACAGGCUUGCAGGCGGCAGAAGAAGCAGCGGAAUGCCAGUAGCAGCAACUUGGGCGGUGCUGCUGCUGCUGCAUCUGCUGCUGCUGAUGGCGCUGCAGAGACUGCCGAGGCGCUGCUGACGCCGGCGGAGUGCCCCAGCGCAGCGCCUGCUGCUGCAGCAGCAGCAGCAGCAGCAGCAGGGAAAAAGAGAAAAGGCGCAACUGCAGCAGAAAUUCGUGCUGCGCUGCUGCGCUGCGACGAGCCCCUGGGGCUGUACGGACGGCUGCUGGCAAUGGAGCCUGUGACAGUGUCUGAAAUAGAGCAGACUUUGAAGGCUGCGCAUAUCGUGGUGAGCCGCCAGGGCCUGCAGGACUUCCUCAGGAGAGCAGCAGUUAUGGUUGCUAAGCCCUGGAAGCCGCAGCAGCGGGCUCGGCGGGGCCCCACAAAGGUGACCCUGGAGCCACUGGGCUCCCGCUGCAGCAGCAGCAGCAGCAGCAGCAGCAGCGUGGGAAGCAGCGGCCAGUAG